UUUAACUGUUUUUCCUUCUUUUCUAUAUUUUUAAUAAAAGAUGUCUCAUGAAAAGGAAAGACCCAGCGUCCAAACUUCCCCAAUCAUCCCCAAACCUCGUGGGGGAAGGGCUCACUACGCGACCUGGGGCUUUAUUGUUCUCUGCGUUUUUGCCCUGUAUCACAUGGAGCAGUCCUGGAACCAUGCCGCAGAGAACAUCACCUUCUACUUCACGGCCCUGCAGAUCGGAGCUCUGCUCAGAGGGGUUUGCAACUUCGUGGAAGAGAUUUGGCAUGUGCAAUCCAGACACCGCAGCAGCUGGUGGAGGGUGGUGGUUGCCUGCCUGAGCCCAAGUCUGCGCUGCCACGCACUCCUGCUGCUGGUCAGCAUCUGCGCCUACAUGGCCCUGUUUGGUGAGACUGGGCUGCAGCUCUUCCUCAACCUCAUCCUCGUCUGCCUCUGCCAGCUCCUCAGCUUCGCCUUUGGGCUUCAGAGUCCCUCUGCAGUGGAAAUGUCUGAAAUCUGUGAAAAGAACAACUGCAACGUAGCACAUGGACUAGCGUGGUCUUACUAUGUGGGGUAUUUAAAGUUAGUUCUGCCACGCCUUAAAGACUUGAUCAGUGAGUUCAACAGAGCCAAUAACAAUUUGCUGAAGUGCAAGGAGACCUGGAAAUUGCACAUCCUUCUCCCAAUGAGCUGUGAGAUAUACGAUGACCUGCAGAAGGCUGACAGCCACAUCCAGUACUGGAAGGAUCUCCCGGCGCUGCAGCUGGACCGUGCUGGCACUAAAUGGAGAAGCUACAAACAAAGCAUCUAUACAAUUUUGGGUGAAGACAAAAAGUUGAAUUACUGCAUUGUGGAGUAUGCCCCCCCGCUGCAGUCCCUCUACGCUAUGUCCCAGGAUGAAAGCGCCGCCUUUGGCCGGGAGGAUCGCCUGGAGCAAGCCCAGCUCUUCUGUAGGACCUUGGGAGAGAUCUUACAGCGCUCCAAGGAAUGCGCGGGCUGCUACCGGCUCAUUGUGUAUGAGGAGUCGGGAGACAGCGACAGCCAUUUCCUGUCAAAGGAGAUCCUAAAGCACAUCAGACAGCAGCACUUGGAGGAAUACACCAUGUGUGAGGGGAAUCACGAGUCCAGCACCUUCCUCUCAACAGAGCCCAAUAUCCUGAUCAGUGACUCGGAGCUACCCGGGCCUCUGCGGAGCGAUGGCUUCUGAAACCUGCGGAUGGGACUGGCAGGUUACUCCCUCUUCAAGCAUACAAUAAAUAAAUAAAUAAAUAAAUUAAUGGAGAUAUCCCAUCUCCUAGAACUGGAAGGGACCUUGAAAGGUCAUCGAGUCCAGCCCCCUGCCUUCACUAGCAGGACCAAGUACUGAUUUUGCCCCAGAUCCCCAAGUGGCCCCCUCAAGGAUUGAACUCACAACCCUGGGUUUAGCAGGCCAAUGCUCAAACCACUGAGCUAUCCCUCCCCCCUUAGUCAAAGAGAGAGGACUAAGACAGUCAGGGCCAUCCUUAGGCAUAUGCAGCAGACAUGGCUGUGUAGAUCACCCUAAAAUUUGGGGUACCCCUGGGUCUUAGUGUCCAUCCUUCCACCUUUUCCUAUCCCUGUUCUGACCCUUCCUGCAGGCUCCCACCACAGCUGGCUGCUGCAGCCUGGUGAGUCUUCCUCCUGAGGGGAUCUAGUACUUAAAAGUGAAGAAGCCUCCAGCCUGCCAGACCUAUUAGUACAACAUUGAAACUGUUAAAGAGUUAUUCGAGUGGCACUGAAGCCAUUUAACAGGCAUUUGCCAACCCCCAGGUAUAUACUGUCAGUUUCUGAAUUUACUGACAAAAACAGUUGUGCAUUACUGUAAUAUUUACUCAGAACAUGUCAGUCUUCAGGACCUUAGUUUAAAAUUUUCUUUAAAAAUAUUUCAUUUAGUGAGUUGUGAAGAUUAUAAAAUCACAUCUCUAAAAAAAUCCUUGCAUAGAUUUUUAAAUGCACAAUUUGAGUAUUCAUCUUUAGCCUUAAAUGCUUGGAUCUUCAGACACAUUUUUUAAAUAAAUCCUUCAAAAGACCACCCUUCUCUAAAAUACACAUUUUAAUUUUAAUUGCUAUAGUACAAAAAAAGUGCUUCCUGUCCUUUCUGUCCAUCCCUUUCUCCCUUCACCCCCCUGUUGAAGAGAGCCCCUUUGCUUCCAGAUAGCUGGACAAACGAGUUUCCCUUUCUUUACUUCUGACUAUUUGAUUAAUUAGUUUUAAGAGAACCCUCCAGCAAAAUCUGUACCUUAGAAAAAUAUAAAAUCCUUUGUUAUGCCUAAAAUCUUUAGAAACAUAUUUUUUAAAGUUGGUGAAAUUUCAUAAACAUGACUAUUGUUAUGGAGAUCACACAAAGUAAAUUAGUGUUCCCUUUUUCUGAAAGCAAUGAACAUUGUUAUGAACACACUAAACCUCUGUGACUGAUUAAUUUAAAAUAAUGUCUUUGUUUCAGUGAGUUAAAUAUGUAGUGAUCUGGAAUGCUUACUUUAUGAAGGCUUAGAAAUACUGAUUAAGAAAAUGUAAAACAGAAGAGCUGCAUCAUGUUUUCCAUAAUAUUUAAUGUUGUAUUCAGCAGGACAGCUGACUUGCCCUUACUACAAAGUUUUUGCAAAGAAAUCUUUGACAAACUUCAGGAUAUAUCAAAAAACCUGUGACUGACAUUUUUUAUUCCCAAGUUUAGUGCUUUUAAUUAAGUACCUUCUGCAUGUCCAGUCUUCACCAUCUGGCAUGCAGUGGAAAACAUGCUCCAUUUUGGGUUUUUUUCAAAUGUCAUUUGCUUCAUUUAGGGUUACCAUACGUCCGGAUUUCCCCGGACAUGUCCGGCUUUUGGGGGCUCAAAUCCCCGUCCGGGGGGAAAUCCCCAAAAGCCGGGCAUGUCCGGGAAAAUC